AUGGACUCCCAGCUACGUGAAGAGUUGGAACGCGUCUUUAGGGACAAUGGGCACAUAAUUGACGACAAAUUGAUUCCAGAAUGCGUUUCUAUAUGUAAAAUGUAUGUCAUAAGUCCAGAGGACUUUAGAUUCAAGGUCGAAGCGAUGAACUACAAACCUUCGACGACGCGGUCGGAAAUUAUGCCCAUCACAAUGGAGACUUUGAGCGGUGUGAAGACGCAGAUUCAGCAGAAUCUGGCCAAGGCAAAUGCACCGAGGGCGCAGAACGCGUCUCGGGGACUCAACACUGCCCAGGUUGAUCGAAAUAGGUUCAUAACAGGGAUGGGCCGAGGGUUCAGCAAUAAAACUGUUGUCCAACCUCUUCCGGUGAAGCAAGAGGGUACCGAAGUGGAAUCAGGUUGGGUGCAUCGGAGUAACACUGUCCAGACAUCUAAUGUCAGCUUCGUUGGACCAUCAUCGGAUGCGGAAUCGCGAAAAAAACGUGCCUACCGAUAUAUGUUUGAGAAGAUAUCAGAAAGAAGCGACUCUCUUGACCAACUGAUUGACGAUUUUGCGGAUCUCAUUCGCGCGCACUAUGAAAUUUCCGAGUUCGGGGAUCCUUCGGCUACAACAGAUGAGGAAGUUGUUGUUGUCGGACGCAUCACACAUGAUGCCGAAGCUGGAUCGAUAGCGAAGCUGGUUGAAGGAGCAAUUACUAUCGAAUCAUCGCGUAUGCUAUCAUCAGGUGCUCGCGUACUGCUCACAUUGGAUCCAGCAAUUAAAGUUAGAGGAUCUGUCAAGGGUGUAGGAGGUUUUGGGAUAUAUCCGGGAGCGAUUGUUGUAUUGAAAGGCAAGAACGGAGGCGGAGGAUAUUUCCUGGCCACAGAAGUGCUUAGUAUUCCGCCCCUUAAACCGUCCCCUGCAGCUCAGAGGUUAAUCAACCCUAAGAUGGACCCCUUGACAUCACAAAACCAAAUUAAUAUGAUGGUUGUUUGUGGUCCUUUUACAACGGACUCUGAUAUUGGGUACAAACCAUGGCGUGCCCUUCUUCACCAAAUCAAAGCACAGAAACCGGACGUGUUACUAUUGAUUGGCCCAUUCGUUGAUGCCGCUCAUCCAAAAAUCAAAGCGGGAGAGUUGGAUGUUUCUCCAGCAAAUCUGUUCCGUGCCCACUUUGUGGAUCCUUUAAAAGCUUUCCUGAUAGCAUCACCUGGAAGCAUAGUGCUUUUACUCCCUUCCGUGCGAGAUUUGACAAGCACACACGCGGCGUUCCCUCAGCCAGAGCUUGACGCUGAUGUCUUCAAUUUCAACCCUCGCAUUCAUCUUUUGCCUAACCCUGCUCGGUUCACUAUUAACGACGUUUCGUUCGCUGCCACCAGCGUAGAUACCUUGUUCCACCUAAGGAAAGAGGAAUACUUCAAACGAGGAGUAGAAGUCGAACCUCUUCCAGCCGAAGCUAACGAUCUACCUAACGAUGUCAUGGCUAACCUGUGUCGGCACAUGCUCUUACAAAGAAGCUUCUACCCUAUCUUCCCGCCACCGCCUGACCUGUCCGCCGAAGUCAAUCUGGACAUGAGCCAUUUUGACGGUGCGCGGAUGGUGGAUGAAGGAGAUUUGGAUUAUGCGCCAGAUGUGCUUAUUUUGCCAAGUCGGCUGAAGCAGUUCUCAAAAGUUGUUCACACCACGAGCACAUUGAACCCGUCGUUCCUCAGCAAAGGGACCUUUGGAACAAUCUUGCUGGGCCCGCGGUCUGCUGGAACGCCACUGGAACGGUUAAAAUUGGAAGUCGCAAAAUUGGAAGUACCAACGCCAGCAAGCGCGACUGCGACUGCAACAAAAAUAGAAGUGUAG